AUGGCUCAGCACGUCGCGCCUUCACAGGCCCCAAAGCAGUUUGUGCUCUGUUUCGAUGGAACUGGCAACAAGUUUGCCGGUGAUGAAUCGGACAGUAAUGUUUUAAAAAUCUUUCGCAUGCUGGAUCGCAGUCAACCACAUCAGUACCAUUACUACCAACCCGGUAUUGGUACCUAUGUGACAUCAAAGUCACUCAGCAGCCAUGGUCGCAUUCAGCGCAUCAAAUCCUGGUAUCAAAAAGCCAAAGAUUCGGCCAUCGGAUCUUCUUUCGAUGAGCAUGUGAUGGGUGGGUACAAGUUCUUGAUGCGAUACUAUUCUCCCGGUGACGAGAUCUUCUUCAUUGGUUUCAGUCGUGGGUCAUAUAUCGCGCGUUUCUUGGCCGAGAUGCUUGACUACAUCGGUCUGCUCGAAGCCGGUAACGAGGAAUUGAUUCGCUUCGCCUGGAAGACUUUUGCCAAGUGGCAGCAGCGCCAAGGCGAUUCCGAUGAGGACCAGGAGGAGAAGAAGAAACUAUUCGAGUAUAUGAAGGCUUUCCGUGAAACAUUCAGUCGUCCGAUCACGCGCAUUAAGUUUAUGGGACUUUUCGAUACUGUCAACAGUGUCCCGCGUUUCGAAAAUGCCUGGAUGCAGCGCAGCAAGUUCCCCUAUACAGCCCGCAGUUCCGCCAGGGUCAUUCGUCAUGCGGUCGGUAUUGACGAGCGCCGUGCCAAAUUCCGUCAGGAUUUAAUCUCCGGAAAGCGUCCGCAAGACAAGCACAAGCACCAUCGUCACCACCUUCCUCUGCCACACAUGCCCCACACUCCCCACUUCGAGAACCACAUGGCACGCCACACGGAUGCUCAACACCAUCUGCAUCUCCGCCAUCAGGAUGGCCAGCGCACGCAACAGCAGGAUGCACAUCCCGAUGAAGUGCCGGCUAUUCGUUUGAAUGACGAUACCGCAAGCCCUGGAGAGGAGAAAGUGGCCCCGCAUGAGGGAGUGCCCCCGUUGGAGAAUCCUGGAUGGGGUCCCAACCCAGGCGAGUCAUACUAUCACUCUAACUCCCACAUCCACGCCGGCUCUUCGAACCAGGGCAGUGACAGCAACUUCGGAGAGAAGCCUCAUCGGUACCGCGCAUCAUCCCCGAGGCGAGCUGGCUUGACUGUCCCUAACGGAGGGGCAUCCAUGGAUGAUUCCAGAUCAGUUCGCAGUGGUCAUUCUGGCAACCUGUCUAUCCAGGUUCCCAGCCAUGCUGGCGAUGGCUACGAUAGUGAUGACGACGAACAGGAUAUUCACGAGGUGUGGUUCCCAGGAUGUCACGCCGAUAUUGGUGGAGGAUGGAAACUCCAAGACGGCGAGAUGUGGGCCCUGAGUCAUGCUCCAUUAGUGUGGAUGGUGCAAGAAGCCCACAAAGCAGGAUUGGAACUAGAUGAGCGCAAGAUGAAGCAGUUCCAGUGUCUGGAGGAGUUCGACGGUGACUACACUCCCAUCCAGGAAACUAUUGGCAACCGCCGCGGUAGUCGCAUCAGUCAGCAGCCGGGUCAUGACGACCCCGACGCCUACCGCACUGGCCCCAAUGAGAAGCAGCGCUCUGCUGCCAGCCGUGACUUCUGGCAUGCGCUGCACACAUCCAGCACGAAAGGUCUACUGCACGACUGUCUUGAGUUCAAGCAAGGCUUACCCCACACCUCUGUUAUUUCCUGGCGGAUCAUGGAGUGGCUACCGUUCCGUCGUAUGGAUCUUCAGGAUGACGGUUCGUGGAAACCUAUUCGCUGGCCGCUGCCGCGUGGUGAGGUCCGUGACGUGCCGCUCGACGCUGAAAUUCACGUGUCUGCCAUCCGGCGUAUGCAAGCUGACCCCAAAUACCGCCCUGGUAACAUCAUUGUCGGUGGCGGUGGUCGUGGUGUACGUAUUGCUCCUACCUAUCUGGGUAUGGGAGAAUGGGAGGUGCUCAAGAACGAGGGCGAUGGGGUUCGCGAGACGUACGUGCGGAAAGACCAAGCCACCAAGUGCAAGGAUGAGAUGACACAUGAGUGUGCUCACUGA